AUGAAGGCAGGGCUGGCCUGGCUCCUGUGCCUGCUACUGCUGGGCCUGGCCCUGCGGGGGUCCACCAACCGAGCCCGCCCGCACUCCAUGGAGGCCCGCACCCCUGACAUCAACCCCGCCUGGUACAUGGGCCGGGGCUUCAGGCCCGUGGGCCGCUUCGGCAGGAGGCGGGCAGCCCUGGAGGGCGACCCCAGGCCUGGCUCCUGGCGACGGCUGGCCUGCUUCACCCUGGUCGGAGGCGCCAGGUCUUUGCGGGACAAGGGACGGUCCAGCUCAUCAAGAAAGUAG